CUCUCUCAGACUUUCAUAUCCCACGGAUGUUUUUUCUGUAAAGCACAAGGCACCCUCACUUGCAGCCUCUCUGGGGGGAUCAUUAUAUUGAAUAUUCGCAUCGUUAAACAACUCACAUCAUUCUACCUCGACAAUGCCUUACAGUUCACCUUUCCCACCUCUAGACAUACCCAAACAAAACAUCCUUUCAUACUUAUUCCCCCUUCACAAACCUUUAUCCACAAAGCCACUAUGGAUGGACUCGAGGGACCCAUCCGUGAGUCUGUCGCAGGCGCAAAUGUUGUCUUGGAUCAAACGGUUCGCCGUCGGCCUCGACAAUCUCGGCGUCAAGGAACAACAGGCGAUCAUGGUCUUCACGCCCAACACGCUAUACGUGCCAGCCAUAUACCUCGCGAGUGCCGGGUCUAAGCGCUACUUCACGGGAGCCAACCCCAUCUAUACGGUCAGCGAGGUCGCCCAUCAGAUGAAGGCCAUCGAGGCUGCCGUCGUCCUGAUCCACCCUUCGUUACUGGAGACCGGCGUAGCUGCGGCAGAAAAAGCCAACAUCCCCAAAGACAGACUGUUCAUCUUCUCUGAAACGGAAACUUCUCCACGACUUGGUGUACAGGACUGGCGGUCGAUGCUGGCCUCGGAAGCAGAAUCACGGUCGUGGCAAUGGGACACGCUGGAGGGUAAGGCCUCCGUCAAGACGAUAGCCGCAAUCAACUUCUCCAGCGGCACCACCGGAUUGCCGAAAGGCGUGUGCAUCACGCAUCACAGCCUCGUGUCCAACGCCGCACAAUCCAUCUCUACUAAGUUUCAAGGUACUCCCUACUCGGCGGACAACCCGGGUCCCGAGCGCUGGCUUGCCUUCCUGCCCCUAUACCACGCCUACUCGCAGCUCUGGACGAUCAACAUCGCCUGCAGACUCCAGGUGCCCGUGUACGUCAUGGGCAAGUUCGUGUUCGAAGACUUCCUCGCGUGUAUCCAAAAGUACCGGAUCACGACGCUCCAACUGGUGCCACCGGUGAUCGUGAUGCUGAGCAAACGACCCGAGACCGCCAAGUACGACAUCAGCAGUCUGCGAAACAUCAUGUGCGGCGCCGCCCCUCUGAAGGCCGAGUUGCAGAACGAAGUGACGAGACGGUUCGGCAUGGUGAUCGUACAGGGAUGGGGCAUGACGGAGACGACGUGCGUCGGCAUCAUGAUGCCGGGAAACACCCAGGACUCGACCGGGAGUAUAGGUUACCUGAUCCCCAACACGGAAGCGAUGCUGGUCGACGACGACGGCAACGAGGUCACGAAGGAAGGCGAGCCGGGCGAAUUGUGGCUGAGGGGUCCUCAGAUGCUCUUGGGGUAUUGGAAGAACGAUCAAGCCACAAAGGAGAGCAAGACGGACGACGGAUGGUUCAAAACGGGAGACGUCGGAGUGUGCAGAGAGGGGAACAAGUGGUGGAUCGUCGACCGGAAGAAGGAACUUAUCAAGGUCAACGGGCUCCAGGUCGCCCCAGCCGAACUGGAGGCUGUGUUGUUGGAGCACCCCGACGUCGCCGACGCCGCCGCCGUCGGAAUCACCGUCCAUGACGAGGAACUCCCCAGGGCAUAUGUCGUUCUUCAGGACCACGCAAAGGGGAAACUCACAGAGGACGAUAUCAAAAAGUUCGUCGCUGGCAAAGUGGCCAAGCACAAGCGGCUAGAAGGAGGUGUCAAGUUCAUCGAUGAGGUGCCCAAGCUCGCGAGCGGUAAGAUUGUGAGGAAGUUGAUGAAGGAAUGGGCCAAACGUGAUGCGAAAGAGGUGGAAGGACAGGUUAGAGCUCGUUUGUAA